UCGGAUUAGAUAUCUUUAUCUAUGUUUGCGUUCCUUUUUUCGGGGCUUCUGCGUUUUGGGGUUUCCCUUGAACAUCAAGCUCGUCCGCCCUCCACGGGCACCCUUGACCCCUUCCAUGACGAAGAAGGCGUCAUAUUCGUCGGUGUUCAGCCCGUCCUCCUCCGCUGCCUUCGCUUUGCGGGGUUUCUUCGGCUUGGUUGACGGACGACCAGGAGCACCCUGAUGGAUCCGUUCGGUUUGGCAUACAUCACCUAACUUGACCACACCGGCAUACGUUAUGCCUUCUGUUCCCACGGAAAUCACGGAUCCGACGCUGGAGAGAACCUCCCAAUCGACGUUCAGUGCAUCGAGUUGUGAGCCGAUGUCCGGUCGUGGAAUGCUUUGGGGCCGGUCAACGAAAAACAUCCUUGUUCUCUUCUCCUCUACUGCUUUCGAGCGCCUUUUAUUCUUGUUUGUUUAUGCGUGUAUGGUCCUUCGUGUGAAGCACCAAAUGAUGUGUUUAUGAGGAGAGAAAGGGGGGCAGGAAGAAGAUGGAGGCGGUGCAGGAUUGACCAAUAAACGCGCACGAUUCGAUUGAAACAGACACCGUACCGGUACCGGUAGGGGGGGUUACCAUCCGACACGUUUCGAUUCUGAAACUGGCAAGGACAUGUGACAAUGUGUGACCACAGCAAGCGCAUGAUGUAGCAAACUUGAUGGUCACCAGAGUAGAUCAAUCAAUCCUCCCUCACAACACGAAGUCGAGUGAGAGUCCACAGCUCGAUCGCUGUGUUGCUUGCUCUGGUUUUGCGAGACGAACCACCACCCAAACUACGUACCGGUAUGGUACCGAUACAGUAUCGUAGUAAAACGCAUAUGCAAACGAAAAUGACUGUUACGAAUUAGGCCAUCACACUAUUGAAUCGCCCCUACGUAUUAUUCGGAUGGUGUCCCCAUUCGUUGGUUGGUUGGCAGUUCCUGAUCCACCGCUACCAGCUCUGUUGUUUCGGUUCUUCUCCCUACUUGUUGGACUUGGAUUUGAAAUUGACUGCAUCUGGAAUGUCGUCAUCGUCAUCAUCCGAAUCAUUCGAAUCCGGCAGCGUUGUCUCUUCUUUCUUCACGGCACUCUUCGCUUUUGAAGAAGUCUUGGGUUUAGCAUCCUCGUUGACGCUCUCGAUUUCCAUGGGUGAGGGCUUUCGGUCUCCCAGUGUCACAGAAGAGCUGACAGCCUCUGGUGGCGACGGCUUGCGAUCCUCAUCUCCAGUUCCCGAACUUUCAACUUCCAUAGGUGUGGGCUUGAUAUCUCCCGUCGUCAGGCUUGCCGAACUGACGGCAGAAGGCUUUCUGUCCUUGUCCUGGCCAGAUUCCAGCGGCAACGCUCCACUCUGAGACCCGCGGAUUGUCAUCCUGGUGGGUGAAAUAGGGGCUGGAGUAUACCCCAGCAUUGCCGCCAUGGCUUCCAUCAUCGACAUUGCUUGUCGCUGAUAGGCACGGCCACCAGGGUCUCGUGUCACAUUUUCCAAAAUGUCUCUGUCAGGUGCUCGAAGAGGCUCCAGCAUCCGGUCCAGCCCACCCUGCACAAAGGAAACUCGUGCUAGCUGCACUGCACGAAUUGAGUUCCCGAGGCAACCAGAGAUAUCUUUGAAUGACAACCCAGCCGUUGACGUAGACAGCUUCGAACCAUCCGCCAAGAGGAUUGCCGCAUUAUUUGAUUUAUCCUCGUUGAUCUUCCUCAUUACGACGUCGAUGGUGAAGGACACGUCGUAGUAUGUGACAUCCACGUCUUUAUUUUGCCCAAGUCUGUAGCAGCGGUCUUCGGCCUGCUCCCUGUGAUGACGAUGACAAAGAUCCAACCAGAAAGAUGAGAAUGGCACACAAGAAGUUGCACGACUGUUCACGACACCUACUUAGCCACUUACAUUACCAUAGGAUUCCAAAAGCGAUCCAAGAACCUAGUAGGGGAUGGAGAGAGAAGAUAUCUGUGAGCAGCAGCACCAACAUGAUGCUGUCACAACAGGCCGGUGAGAUUGUUAGACUUACCAGACAUGGUUUGCACAAACCUGGAGUCGAACGAGAGCUGUUAGCAUUUGGCGAGUGGCAACAUAGCACUUGAUUUCAAUGUUUGGCACUUACAAGAUUGAGGCCAGUUCCUCCAGUCUGCACAGUCAUUAGCUACAAUAUAGAUUCAGGAAAGCGUAUGUGUGAGCGGGAUGAUGCCAUAAAAUGGUGACAUCUUGAUGAGUGGUCCUGCACUCACCAGAACCCGACACGAAUCGCGGUUCUUGAACCUUCGAAGUUCCUCUUCCCGAUCUUCGUUUGGAAUGUCACCAUCAAAUCGAGCCACUUCCACCUGAAGCUCGAAAAAGAUCGCCUCUAGCAAGUCCAAACUUCCCUUGAAGAAAGACACAAUGAGGACCUUCUCAUCCUUCGGGAUGGCCUUGAGGUCUUCGACGAUAGAUUCCAACUUGGCUGAGGCUUUGAAGCCACCGAGUAUGUCGGCACAAUAGACCUUGCGAGGGAUAUCGAAGUCUUCGAUCGACACUUCCUUUGGCGACACUCCGCUCUGUUUCGCGGAUUCGGCUUUCUUCUUGAGCAAUUCAUUGCGGCCACUGUCGAGUUUGAGGCGUUCACGAAGGGAGGCGCCUGAACGGAAAAGCAAACAAACAGCACGUAACGCCCGGUGAGUUGCAAACCAAAUCAAUCUCAUAACAGAACAAGAGAGCACCUACACUGAGGGCAGCAAGCACCCGAUUCCUCUAAAGCCUCUAGACAAGUCUCGCAGGCAUAAUGUUGAAUCCCCAUCGAAGCGAGCUCACACAUGUGAUCGGGGAUCUCCACAAUGUCGCCACUCCCCUGCAGACGCUUUGGGUGACCACGCUUUGAACUGCGGAAAUCUUCUUCAGCCUCGCUGUCAUGCAUGAGGCUGUCGGCAUCACCAUCCUUCUCCUCUUCGCUCUCGUGAUCGUCAGCAACAAUGAAAUCGGCCAAGUCAUCAAAAUCAUCGUCUUCCCCGUUGAUGCCUUCAUCGUCGAGAGUGUCAAGAACAUCGUUCUUCUUCUUCUUCUCCUCCUCCUUCUUCUUCUUCUUCUUGAGCUUUCGAGGGCAACAAACGCAGCGAUCCGGGCUCACUUGAUUCUUGAUCACGUGAGGCAUCUUGCGUCGCGUUGGGGAGAAGAACACCGUACAGUCACGGCCACGCUUGGGCAAAACUGGAUGAAUCAACGCUAGUCGCUGUAAAGGCGACGAAGAGCAAGAAAGAAGUCAGCAACCCCGCAACUAGAUCGGUAUCGGGAACUGGAAGUGAGCGCACCCUGACUUGACUGUCCGUACCAUGCAAGAAGCGAGUGCCAUCAUAAUUGUCAUCAGUUCUCUCAAUCGCCUACGCUUGAAGGGCGUAAGUGGCCCGCGCUCUGCCUUUCUGAAAUCCGAGAGGACUUUCAUGAAGAGGCCCUCGUACGAGUCAUACCUAGACGUAAGGACAAGGGAGGUAGUACCAUAGUCUAGUGAGAAGGCUUGUAAAAACUUGGAGACCAUGACACAGAAGAACAAAUAGACAGGACGUACACUGUGAGCUCCAAGGGAUAGGGCGCAACUUGCUUGACUUGAAUGACUUUUUUAGGCAAUUUGCUCGCAAUGACACUUUUAUCCCUGGAGGUGCAGGCAGGAAAAGGCAAUAUGUAAGCGGCAUGCUGCCAUCAUGAUGUGUCGGGUGUGACCACACGUUUCCUGCACGCACCUGCGAAUCACAAAGUUGGAGGUCCAUUCUGAAAUAGCAUCCAGCACUGACUUCGCCGCGGCACUAUCUUUAGUAGCUUCCUUCCACCAAUCUUCGUAGGCACUUUCCAACGAUGGAUUAAUCAUCGUCAUAAUGCUGGCCAUGUCCUGCACCGAGUUGUUGUAGGGUGUCCCACUCAUUGGGAUCAUGCGCUCCGAGUGAAGCCCCAGUAAACCAGCACCAAUGCCCCAGUAAGUCAAGAUGGACUUGAGAAAGUGCUACAAUUGGCGACAAUGGCAAAAAGACAUACAUCAGUCUUUUGGCUUGGAUCGUUCAUGACACAAUGGAACUUCCUCGACUUGACUUACCGCUUCAUCAAUGACCACAGACCGGUAGAUGGGUUCCACCUCUGGUAUGUUGUUGUGCAAGCAUUGCGUGACAAUUUUGCUGGGAUUCAUGCGUUCCUUGUCGUCUCUUGGCUUGAACAGAUUCUUCACAUUCCGUCCUUGAUUACAAUCGUACUGGUUCUUGAGAAUCAACAUGAGCUGCCGGGGCGCAUGGGGAAAGAGCAUAGUCUCGGCCUUUCGGGAUCCUUCCUUGGUUUGAGAAAAGACAUGUCUCAUUUCUGUUUGUAGAUCGUAUCGAUUGCAGAGCAGAUAAAUGUUGUCUUUUCGGACGGCAGUCAAGUCUUUGGCGGCAAAGCGAUAAAUGUCAUCCGCCAGGACGCCGGCCUUGAUCAAAGUCUCAUGCCACUGAGUCAAGACGGCAUCAUUGGGCGAAACAAUCAGAGUCGGCAAAGGGCUCUCAUCCUUGGCCAUGGAAAUGGCAUUUCGCAGCAUGCAAGCAGCAACGGCUUGCACCGUCUUGCCAAGGCCUAUCAGCAAUAAACAAAGCAAACGAAAAGUAAGUGAUGAUUGAGAUGACAAUGAUGGUCAUUGCAGAACUCGUUAUUAUUGCUGACGACAAUAAUACCAUGUCAUGUCUUUCUUACCCAUGACAUCCGCCAUGAGAAUACCCCGGUCCAUUCCCUGACGCCGUGGCUGGGCAUUCCGUAGGACCUUGACGGUCCAAUAAAAAAUGGCCUCGUCUUCCGUUUCCGUCUUGGUUUUGACGAGAAGCUUUCCCGGAAAUCCAUCGGGUACUCCGGCCAAUGCCCGCACUCCCUUGAAUUGAUGUUCCAGCAAUGUGUAGUUGCAAUCAAUUUCCCACAGCACCACCUGUAGAUUGCGAUCCUCUUGGCACGAAGUAAUUUGUUGCAAAAUGGCGCGCUUUUCGGCCCGGCUGGGGGCUGGUAUGGGCAUCACCAAGGCUUCAUCAUGCGGAAUGGCAUGUGUGUGUUUUUUGCUGGGUGUUUUGUGGUUGGCGCCGCUGCUGGUUUUCUUCUUAUUCUUCUUUUUGGGUGUUGUUGUGGAUUGUUUGUGUUUCUUGCUGCUCCGACGAUUCUUGCGGUUUUCGGUCAACGGCUGAUGAUCACCGUCAUCUUCACUGCUGCUGCUGCUAUCACCGGACCUGGGACUGGGACGCUUGCUACCAGAAGUGCGACGACGCGGAUUGGGGCUGACAUUCUCGUCGUCGUCAAAAGCAUUGGUGCCCUUGGCUUUGGAGGAAUUAUUCAUGAUGGAUAGAUGUUGGCUAUCACUGACUGGCCAACAAGAGUGAGCAGUUGCUGGCAAGUCGGCUCUUUAGAACUGACUGUUUCUUUGGAUUAUGAACUCUCUUGCUUGAUGAUCGCGUAGCUGGAAAAUAGUCGUUGUCCUCCAGCUGAGGUUUUCUGGAGAGGUUCCGUUGGUGAAAUUCCAAAGGAUGGACCAACUGCCUUGUCACGGGUGAAUCGAUUCGAUUUCUUCAAUCUAACUAUCAUAAACCAAACUCGUCAGCUGUCAAAGCUUUCUUCUCUCUAGCCAGCUACGUCGUAUCUGUCGAGGGAAGAUCACACAGCGUAGCUAUCCAAUCUCAAUCACAACAAGAGGCAACAGAAUUUAUGGAUGCGCUGGGCCUUCGGCAAAUGACAAAAAAAUGAUGGCUGAGGCGAUGAAAAAGGCGCGAAAAAAUGAUCGUUCGUGAAUCCCAAGGAUUCAUUUAUUCGUUUAUGCUACGUCACAAGAUCUUUCAGACAUGCACGAAAGGAACCCCCAAAACCAAAACACGACACAAUGACACAAUGACACAAUGACACAAUGGCAGCAGGGGUGUGGGGUGGUCAGCCUGUUUCACAAAUGCUGCGUGACAGCUGCUGCACACAAUGCUGACAAUCAAUCUGCUUCAUCAGAAAGCUUCAUCAGACUUGUUGCCCUUUUGCACCCCGAAAUGUCUUGCGCUGAAAAGAAGAAGCAUGUGAGGCAUGGAGGCCCCGAAAGCAAUGUUGAGUCCACUGUGAAUGAGAAGGAGGCAAUCGACAAAAUGUUGGAACAGGGGGAUCUUUGGAUUCAGCAUAUCUUGCCGUUUGUGGGCGUGGGGCACUAUGCAUUCCUUGGAACUGUCAACAAGCAGCUGCAUCGACUUUACAGGAAGUAUUGUGAGAAUGAACAGAAUCCUCCUCACAUCAAGGAAGGCACCCGGAGAAUUGCUGCUACCUGGACUGACACAAUUCAUAGUGCCACCUUCUACAGCGUGGCGUGUGCAGAGUUGUGGCAUGCUGAUGAUUCCUGGCUCAAAAGCCCGUUGCGCCAGGAGGUCUGCCAAGAAAUUGCCAAGGUUGGAAGUGUGCUAGUUCUUCAGUGGGCUCUUUCCCACGGAUUUCCAGUGUGCCAACAGACAUGCAUUGAGGCUGCCAAGCAUGGACAUUUGGAUAUCUUGGAAUAUGCCAACGAAACUAACUGUCCUUGGAAUGAGCAGGUAUAUGAAGUGGCUGCCAGAAAAGGACAUUUGAAGAUUCUAAAGUAUGCCCAUGAGAAUGGCUGUCCUUGGCAUCAACGGACAUGCACGGAGGCUGCCGAAAAUGGACAUUUGGAAAGUCUAAAGUAUGCCCAUGAAAACGGAUGUCCUUGGGAUGACACCACAACUUUGGGUGCUGCUCACGGUGGGCACAUGGAGACACUCAAGUAUGCCCAUGAAAAUGGCUGUCCGUGGGAUGAAUGGACAUGCUCUGCCGCUGCCGAUCGUGGACACCUGGAUAUUCUGAAGUAUGCCCAUGAAAACGGAUGUCCUUGGGAUAACGCCACAGCUUGGGCGGCUGCUUCCAACGGCGAAUUGUUAGUUCUAAAGUAUGCCCAUGAAAAUGGCUGUCCAUGGAAUGAACACACUUGCUUUCUUGCCGCCGAACGUGGAAAUCUGGAUAUUCUGAGGUAUGCCCACGAAAACGACUGUCCUUGGGAUACAGACAUCGCUUGGGCUGCCGCUUCUGGUGGCCACUUGGAAAUUCUGAAGUAUGCCCAUGAAAACGGCUGCCCGUGCGACUCUGGGAUAAUCAGCGCAGCCAAAUUGUCUGGGUGUAGAGCAGUUCUGCGGUGGGCAAGAGCCAUCAUGGGCUUUCCAGAAGAUGAUGACUAA